GGGCUUGUGAGUAGAUAGAGGGUGAGGAAGAGGAGAAAUGGGAGGAUAGGAAAGGGGUUACACUAUCAUGUGAAGUGGCUUUUAUAUUCAUGUUAUUUUGGAGGGGUGCAACUGAGAGAUUAAGAGUGCAGGGGGGGGGGGCUUGAGAGAGAAAAAGAAGAGUGGGAAAGUGAGAUGGGUGAGGGGUGAGAGUUGUCGAUGGGUUUUUUCGAUUUGUGUGUGACUGAGGGUGGAGGGAGGUAGACAGGAAGAAAACAAAAUACAGAGAAAGAAAGAGAGCGAUAGAGAGAGAGUGCAGGCUAUCAUACCUCACAAAACAAGGAGAGGGAGGCAAACAACUUGACUUAUCUCUGCCUUUCUCAACAUCACCUAUUCAGGAGGAAAAAAGACAAGAUACAACAAACCGGAGAUUCAAGGGAGAGCAACCUGACCCAGAGGAAAUAGAAACACAGAAGACAGAAAGAAAAGGCAGCAAAGUUACCCACCCAGUCACCAAACUCACAGAGGAACAAAGGAGAGAGACAGAGAGUGAGACAGCGAGAUAAACCCCAUCAUUCAGAGGGGAUUCUGGGUGGAAUGACCCAAUAAUGAUGUCACAGCCGUGCAACACACCACGCCCAGGUGACCAAGGAGGGCGUGUCCGGCUAUCAGCCAAUCACAGAAGGAGCCUCAAUCGUAUUAUUUCCCAUUCCAGUUCAGAGACAUCUCCUCUCAAGAGCCUCCUGCAUCACUGACACUCCGCCCCUCUGGUCGUAUCUUCUGUGCCCACUCCUGCUUCCUCUGGAGUCCUUACUGUUUCAUGAUUAAUUAUCUUGGGAUGUUGGCGUCGCUUUGUGGCAGCUGCCAUGGAGAUAAACGGAUUCCUUUAGUAGACCAUUUUAGACACAGCCUCCAGAUGUUGUGCCAGAUGCAAGUUGUCCACACGGGCAGAAUUAGACAAGGACAGCCACAGAGGUGCUGUGCGGCUCAGCUUCCUAAUUCUCACUGUUUGACAACAUCACAGCAGGAAGUAUAGAACUUCCUUUUCCUGUGGAACAUUUUACUCUGCGUCCUGGCACUUGUGAGGACCUACUUGACCCUGUUGCAAAUUAGUCAAGAAUCUUGUCCUCCAGCUUAGAAACCAUGCGGCACAUUCAUGUGGAGUUAGCCCACAAAAAGGCUCCCUUAGAGCUUUCAGCCCAGGAGGGGGACCUGCCUCCACCUGAAGCCCCAACACAGGGCCUUGACCCUGGUGUCAGAUCUGGGACGUCCAGGCACUUUGGCCAGGAGCAGUUGCGGCUCCAAAAGGUCUACCAGCUCUCCAUAUUCUCCCAGUUGGGGGGAUUUUCUACCUCCACAGAAUCCCACACUGAUGCCCAACAAAGGGUUGUCCGGUUGGGUGUGAAAAGGGGGCUAGAGGAGCCCCAAUUGACUCAUAAGCGCCCCCAUCUGGGUGACUCCACAGAUCAGGAGGCGUUAGAGGGGGGGGUGCUAUGUGGGCCAGCCCCAGCUCAAGGUGUUGGGAUGGGGUUAGCAAUGGGCCCUAGUGGGCCUGGUUCUGUAUACUCUUGCACACAGAUGGAGCACAGAGAAUCUGAGGGGGGACUGUCACCCAGGUCUCCACCCCUCUCCCCAAGCCACAACCCUUCCCGACGCCCAACUCAGCACAAUCAUGACAGGCCCAUUCCUGAUGUAUUUUCUCCACUCUCAGCUAAAUCACCCCCAAUGUGUGACCCACAUAGCUCAUCCAGGACUGAGCCACCUAACGGGGGCCACACACCCACCUACUCACUAGGUAGCCCUGCAAAUGAGAGCUGUAGUAAUGGCUCAUCUGGAGGCCAGCCCAGCCCCCACGUAUAUGAAAUGUCCACAUAUGAGACUCCCAACCCCGCCAGUCCCACCAGCCCUCCUGGCCCUUUCUCCCCACCACACCACACAGAGCUGCAGGAGCCAGGGGAGGCCACUGAAUGGGAAGUUGGACUUGAAUCCUCCCCACCUGAGCGAAGUGCCACCCAGACUGCCUCCUCAUCCUCAAAUGGCCUGGCUUCCUGGGAGAAAACACCCAGCAGUAACGGCCACCGUCUAUCCUCUGGAGGCCAUUGGCCGGCCAAAAAGAGGCUGCUGCCCCCGAGCGACACAGGCGAGUCAUGUUCAGAAGAUGAGGGACCCUCCACAUCCAAGAGAAGCAGGCUGUCAUUGCUGGCUCCAGGACUUGGCCCGGCCUCAUGUCGCAGCACUGAUGCUAAAGCUGCCCCUUACUGGAACCACCUGCUUCCUUCUGCAUGGGACCAGCCUAAGACCACCACAGAUUGCACAAGAUCAGGGAGACGGCUAAAAAGUGGGCUGCGGCUGAAAAGUCGGCAGCUGCGCAGCGGCAGACACACAGGGAUCAGCCGCUCCACACGUUCCAGUUGGCCCUCAUCUUCCAUCAGCAGAUCACUACUUGGCAACUUUGAGGAGUCCAUACUGAAGGGACGAUUCUCCCCGUCAGGCUGGAUCGAAGGCUUCACGGCGGAGAUCGGUGCCAGUGGCUCCUAUUGCCCACAGCACGUCACCCUGCCAGUGCAGGUUACGUACUACGACAUCUCAGAGCACAGCGCACCGUCACCCUUCCUGGGGGUGAUAUCCCUCGAGCCUCUUGGAAAGAAAGGAUACAGCAUACCCAAAGCAGGGACCAUUCAAGUGACCUUAUUUAAUCCCAACAAAACUGUGGUGAAGAUGUUUCUGGUGACCUACAACUUCGGCGACAUGCCCGUUAAUCACAUGACCUUCCUGCGCCACCGCAUCUUCCUGGUGCCUGUAGAGGAGGGGGUUGAGGGGAAAGGCGAGACGUCUCCAGGGGGCGGAGUGCUAGACAGGAAGAAGAUUCUCUGCUACCUGAUACAUCUCAGAUUCCAGAGCUCCAAAUCUGGGAAGAUCUACUUGCACAAUGAUAUCCGGCUGCUAUUCUCCCGCAAAUCCAUCGAAGUGGACACAGGGAUCCCUUAUGAGCUGAAAUCUUUCACCGAGGUGCCAAGAAACCCUAAAUACUCCCCCCGCGUGUGACCCCAGCUUCACCCUUUGACCCUCCCCAAAGCCAACACAGCCCCGCCCCUGUGCUUUAUGGAGGGAGGGAAACAGACAGACUGCUAGAAUGAUGGACCCAAAACUUGAUAAGACUUGAUGAGACACACCGGAUGCACACAAGACACACAUGAACAUAUGAGACAGUGUUGGUGAUAGUAAAAGUCCCCCUUUUAUGCAUUUAUUCACCACUAAAAAUUCAGACAGUCAAAAGAAAUUGGUGAUAGAAAAUUCCAAACAAGCAAACAGGCCAAUCUUUGUAUCUUCCAUUUAUUGAAAAUAUAAAACAAUAUUAGAAAUGCUGCCUCUAUGCAGUCAAAAGCAGGACUUUUACAACAUCUUCAUCUGUACAAAGAAAGAAAUACACACACACACACACACACACACACACACACACACACACACACACACACAC